UUUGAGACUAAAACAUUUUGUCAUAACAUUUUACGCAAACGCUAGGGCUAGUCCUCUUGUGUUAUUCGAGAUAGCUUAGUUUAAAUGAUCCACCCACAUUCUAUUAUAUUCCCUAUUGCAAGCGCGUGACAGAAUAUGAAUAUAGGGUCAUAUUCACCAUGUUUUGUUGAUUUACCUCGUUAAUGUAGUAGAGGUAAAUAGGUGUUAUGAUAUCAUCAUACAGUGUUGGUUUAAUUGUGGUUAAUCGCUUUAGAGAGGUGGCAAAGCUCACAUGUGAAUUUCGGAAGUGACUAACUGGUAAUUUAAAAUGUUUACAAUAUUCGUUUUGGUGAUAUCUGCGAUGCGUGUUACGGGAGAAUUUUUGCCUGAAGAACUAAACCCGUACAUACAAGCUUUAAAAGCGUAUCCAUUGGCGCGUCAAUACAGCCACGGAUAUUUGGAAACGCGUCCAGGAGCGCACUUCUUCUAUUGGUUUUAUUACGCAGAUGGUAAAAAAAUAGAAUCAAAUCAAAAACCUUUAAUAAUAUGGAUCCAGGGUGGCCCGGGGUUUGCUGCGAGCGGUGUAGGUAAUUUCGGCGAAUUUGGACCUUUAAAUAUGGAUUUAGAACCACGCAAUCAUACAUGGAUGAAAGGCAGGAAUGUGCUCCUCAUUGAUCAUCCUGCGGGUGUUGGUUUUAGUUAUGUCACUAAUAAGACUCUACUCGCUACCUCAGACAGAGAUGUGGCCUUAGACUUGUGCCGAGCUAUAAAAUUGUUUUUUAAAAGACACAAACAGUACCGAAAAACGCCCACAUAUUUAAUUGGUCAAAGCUACGGUGGUAAAAUUGUUCCCAGAUUGGGAUUAUAUUUACACACAGCAAUUAAGAAAAAAGGUUUAAAGAUUAACUUUAAAGGUAUUGCUAUUGGCGGAGGUUGGGUGAAUCCGAAAGAAAGCACUUUGAGUCAACCGGAUUUUUUAUAUUUCAUGGGCUUUAUCGACCGGGAUAUAUAUUUGACAACUACUAAAUUAGUACAAAAGUUGGCACAAUCAAUAGAGACACAUAAUUAUUUUUCCGCUGGUGCUUUAGAUACUCUUAUAUUUACAACGUUUAAUGAAGAAGGGGAGAUAAAUUUUAAUAAUCUGAAAACGCCGAGUCCUUAUCCAGCGUUAACAAAACUAAACUCCGUUAUGAAUUUAUACGUGAAACCUACUUUAUUUAAAGUAAAUCAAACAUUGAAAUGGAAAUAUUUAUCGACCGACGCUUACUACAGUUUAAAAUCAAAUUUUUUAAUGCCUUCGACUUCGUUCUUGGAAAGACUAUUAAAUCAAACCAAUUUGAAAAUUGUCGUGUACAACGGAAACUUGGAUGCGGUUGCUCCAUUGGCAGCUGCAUCUAAUUGGGUUCAUAAGCUGAAUUGGCAUGGGGCGAAAGAAUUUAAUAAUGUUAAAAGAAAUCGUAUUGCCGGCGAAAGAAAUGGUUUUUACAAAGAAGUGGGCCAGCUUAGUUUUUGGUCAGUGUUCGAGGCUGGACAUUGGGUGCCCGAAGAAAAUCCUGAAGCGAUGGAGCAGAUAUUGACAUAUUUUACCAAAUGAGACGCAAUCACAACUAUCUCAUAUAAUUAUGGACCCAGAGUAUUGGAAUUAUAUCUAAAAUGAGGAUAGAGGUAGUCAGUGCUAUUUAAAAAAAGAAAAUUUAUGUGUUAAUUGGCUUUGGAAUUAGAUGGAUGGAUAAGUUAUCACAUUAUUUUUAUGUUUGAAAUUCAGUUUCUUCAUAACACCACCUACACUUAAGUUUGUUUUAGAGAACUAUAACUAAACAAAUUAAGACAAUACCAGUAAAUAUGAAUUGUUAACUAAAGCCUAUUGUAAUCAUUAACAAAUAUUAUAUUAUAUAAGGCCCACCGAAUUUUAUACUCGAAUUCCAUUUAUUAUAUGCUAUUAUGAUUAAGUAUAUGAUAACCAAAAUAUCUAACUACUUGAUUUCAUUUUUUUAUAUAUUCUUAAUUUUUUUUUAUCGAGGUACUCAAAUUUAUUUAUUUGUAAUUUAAUGUCGCCAAUAAAACAGUAAAAUUAAAAUGUUGAAGUAAUAUUAUUUAUAUUAUUUGAUUAAGAUAACGCAUUCAUUAUUAUUAUUACAAACAGCAUAAUACAUCUAUAAUAUAAUAAAAGUCAUACAAAUUAAUACAUAUUGACAACAGCGGUAUCGGUAUAUCAUACAAUGCAUUGCACACACAUUAAUUAACUCAA